ACGUCCGGCUCACCAGUCUACGUCGCUGCGACGCCGCGCAAGAGCCCCAGGACUGCCACAGACGGCUUCGCUGCCUCGCGUGCGACGCCGCGACGUCGCUGAGACGACAAAACGACUGCAGCAGCACCAUGAAAUGGCUGCUAGCACUCGCAGCAGUAGUAGAAGCCGGCCUGGGCCCGGACUGCGACCCGCUCGAUCGGAAGUGCACGCUCCCGGCGCCCCAGAGGGAACCCUGCGUCUGGGUCGGUCCCCAUGACGGCAAGUGGUUAAGGAUCGUUGAUAGAGAAGACAUCCCAAAACCGUGCCCGCCCGUCGGCAGCGCAAGCGAUCAUGACCAAUCGAUCGUGUAUGCGGCCAUCGCCUCAUUCAGAGAUUCGAUCUGCCCGGACACGAUCACGAACAUGUUUUUGCGAGCCAAAUACCCCGAUAGAAUACGAGUGGCAGUGAUCCAGCAGAACCUCCCAGAGGACCUCGAUUGUUUAGAAAAGUACUGCGACGACGCGAGAAUCGCUCAGAACUUACCCGCAGAUGCGCCCUGCCCUAGGAGAGGUCAAAUCUCCAUCAAACGCUUUUCGUCGGAGGAGGCCAAGGGCCCGACGUGGGCGCGCGCGCAAGACACGGACAUGUUACCGGACAGUGCCGAGUUCUGCCUAAGGACCGAUAGCCACAUGACCUUCGCCCAGGACUGGGACACGUUACAGAUCCAGCAGUGGUAUGAUGCUCAGAACGAAUAUGCAGUUUUGAGUACGUACGUCGCCGACUCGACGAAUUUGAACGACGACGGGUCGAUGAGAAACGUCAAUGGGGUGCGAUCUCGGCGUCCCGCGGUGCUGCGGCGGUUUCACGCCAUCGACGCGACUCGUGUCCAUCAGACGAGGUCUUGGGUGGUUUCUUUUUCGAUAUCGAGGCCAUUCGGACCGCGUCGCGAGACCGCGAUGCUCCACGCAGGUCUGGGAGGUGCCCCACUUGUGUUCGAUCCAGUGGGAGAACGGCCACGUGCGGAACAUGCAGGCGAAGGCGGCGCGGCUCCUCAAGAAGCCGAAGCUCACGACGCUCUGGGCGGCUGGUUUAUCAUUUAGUAGGUGCCAUGCGGAGCGGACGGUGCCCUACGACCCCUACACGCCCUACAUCUUCUGGGGCGAGGAGUUCUCGAGGACGGCUCGGUUUUUCACGCACGGAUACGACAUAUAUACUCCUCCCAAGACGCUCAUAGCCCACGAUUAUAAACAUACGCAGGGCGAUCCCACUCAUUUUAAAUGGAACGGGCGAGGUGCGAUCUCGGCGUCCCGCGGUGCUGCGGUGCCUUCACGCCGUCGACGCGACUCGUGUCCAUGCGAUGCUCCGCGCAGGUGGACCUCGGCUCAAUCGCAACCAGACGAUUAUCAAAGCGAGAGACGCGGCCAAUAAAAGAAUAUGGACGUUGCUGGGCAUGCCGGGCGGUGAUCCUUCUAUGGUGUCCUCUUUAGGAAAGUAUGGACUGGGCACGAAGAGGAGCUUGGACGACCUGAUCGCGUUUACCGGUAUCAAUCUGCGGAAUCGGACCGUCUCCGGCUCCGGCAACAGCAGAUGUGGGAACAUCGAUUGGGUGCCCUGGGACUGCGGCGGCGGCGGCUGGGCGGCGCAGGGGCUGGAGCACCUGCACAACUCCAUCACGCCGCCGAAAUCGCUGCACGACGACUUAGCUAGGGAAAUCUGGCGGGGCGAGCAGUUCGUCGAGAAGGAGGCGCACGAGGUCGUCCACGAGGCCGAGGUCGUCGAGCACUUCAUCGCGAAGGAGGCGCGUCAGUUGGUGGCGGAGGCGCGCGUCGUCGGCUCGGACAUCCGACACCUAGAACAGAGGGCAGCAGAACACCUUCCGCUGCCCGAGGACGAGUCCCUGAAUCUGGUGACGGUUCUCGUCGGGCUUUUUUGUUUAUGGACGUCGUACAAAGCGUGUCGGGCGGUCUUCGAUCGGGGCAACAAAGCCAAUCAGAAAGCAUUGGGGCUGCCCGUGGCCAAGGAGGUGUAAGUUUAGCUUUAUUUUUG